AUGAACCUCAGCAACAAGCCCGAAGACCGAUACUUUGGCUCGCACGAGCCGGAUAUCAAGACAGCUACAGAUGUUUCCAAGCCGUAUCAAGUCAAGUCUCCGCUGCUUCGGGAGUGUCUGGCGGAAUUUAUCGGCACGAUGGUGCUCAUUCUGUUCGGAGACGGUGUCGUUGCUCAAGUAAAGCUUGGUGGUGGCAACCACGGAGACUACCUUAGCAUCAACUUGUGUUGGGGUCUCGGGGUGCUCUUUGGCAUCCACGCAGCAGGAGGAGUCUCGGGUGGCCAUUUGAACCCUGCAGUGACUACGACAAUGUUCCUUUACGGACGCAUUGAACGGCGCAAAGUGAUCCCGUACAUCAUCGCCCAAGUGCUAGGCGCUUUCGUUGCCGCCUUCUUUAUCUGGGCCGUUUACUACCCCUUACUCGACCCAGUCAGGUCGGACAGGGAAUCGACCCGUAGCAUCUUUGCGACGUACCCGUACAGUGACGACGUCUCGAUAGGCACCUGCUUCUUGACCGAGAUUGUUGGCACAGCGCUUCUGUUGGGGGGUAUCUUUGCUCUAGGUGACGAGUUGAACGAACCCGCUAGCCCGUACACGAAACCGAGCGCUGUGGCUCUGCUAGUAACAGGGAUCGGUAUGGCCUUCGGCUUGAACACGGGUUACGCCAUCAAUCCGGCUCGCGACUUUGGUCCGCGUUUUUUCUCAUUAUGUGCCGGCUGGGGCUCGGACGUGUUCACGCUGCGUGACUACUACUUUUGGGUACCGAUGGUUGGCCCCAUUCUAGGCGGUGCAAUAGGCGGAGGCAUCUACAUUGGGCUGGUGGAAUACCACCAUCCUCGAGAGUAUCAUUACCCGCUGGACAGACGAAGCCAUGUGUAG